AAAUGCUUCUGGAAAAAGGAAGUUUCGUUAAGGAAGAAUCAGAAUCCUAACCAACAAACCAAUACGGUGUCGUUCGAAGCCUCUAAAAAAGAAACCUGCUAUUUAUGACCAACCUCUCCAUCCAUAACCUUAACCUCAUGUUCGUUUCGUUGUUGGUUUUUUUCGUCUCUGCACUUUUUUUGUUUAUCCAUCCUUUAUAUAUAUACUUCAGUUUCUUUUGAUUUGCUCAAUAGAAGGAAAAAAAAAAAAAAGGGGGAGAGAGAGAGGUGAGAGAAGAGAUGGGGUUCAUUGUCGAAGGAGAUGAGAGUGGCGACGUCGUUCUGGAGCCGCCACCUAAUUUUUCGAUGGUGGAAGAAGGCAUUUUCAGAUCUGGUUUCCCUCGACCCUGCAAUUUCGCCUUCUUACAAACCCUAAAUCUUCGAUCCAUCAUAUACUUGUGCCCAGAGCCUUAUCCUGAGGAAAAUUUGGAGUUCCUUCGAUCGCAUAAUAUCCGGCUUUUCCAGUUCGGGAUCGAGGGGAAAACGGAGCCUUCUCUUGCUUCACUCAAGGAUGCCAUUAGAGGGGCUCUCAAGAUCUUAAUUGAUGUGAGAAAUCAUCCUGUUUUGAUCCAUUGCAAACGUGGAAAGGUAGUCCAAAUUCAGCUAUUAAAUGUUAGCUUUGCUUGUGGAACUGAAUUAAUAAAGCAUCGCACGGGUUGCCUUGUUGGUUGCUUGAGGAAAUUGCAGAAUUGGUGCUUGUCAUCAGUGUUUGAGGAGUACCAACAUUUUGCAGGCAUGAAAUCCAGGAGUGCUGAUUUGAGAUUUAUAGAAACAUUUGACAUCGUAUGCCUCAGGCAGUGUCUUCACAGCAUCAUAUAUCAGUACCAAGGAUAUGGUUCGAAAAAGAGGCGGUUGCUUUACGGUGAAGAGUGUACAGAAACCCCAAAUAACUUCGAUAUGAAUGAAGAAUCGGCACAUAACAUUAACGGAAGGAAUUCACAAUUCUCUUUAAUGGUUUGAGAAAGUUUUUUUUUUUUCUCUCUUAAAAUGAAGUUUUGCAAUUGCCUUAUAUCUAUAUAUAAAAAAAAAAACCAUUGUGAAAUGAUACCUUAGUUAUCUUGGAGUACAACAUUUUCCCUUUGGGAUAGUAGCUUCUAUUUUAUUGUACAUAGGAGGAGAAGCAAUUCUGCAAAUCUUGAUUUAGGUUCUGUACAGCUAUUACUCUAGCAUAAGAUCAAGUUUUGCAUUAAUUGAAAUUAUUCACCCAAAGAAACAUCAAAGAAGAUAUUGCUCUCUCUCUCUCAAAUGUCAGUCUGACGAUGGUGUAUUUUGCAAUAUAAUUACAACCAGUUACUGUUAAAUUA